AUACAACCAAAGCAUGUAUUCUGGUCUGAAAGUGGAGAAUUGUUAUGUAUUGCAACAGAUGAAUGUUUUUAUAUUCUAAAAUAUAAUCCUGAAGCUGUAACCAAAGCUCAAGAAACUAAAGAAGGAAUGACAGAAGAUGGUAUUGAAGAAUCAUUUGAUGUACUAGGUGAAGUUCAAGAAUGUGUGAAAACAGGAUUCUGGAUUGGAGACUGUUUCAUUUAUACAAAUAGUGUAAACAGAUUAAAUUAUUAUGUAGGAGGUGAAAUUGUCACGGUUGCUCAUCUUGAUAGGACUAUGUAUUUAUUGGGAUAUAUUCCAAAAGAUAAUAGACUUUAUCUUGGUGAUAAAGAAUUAAAUGUUGUUUCCUAUUCCCUACUGUUGUCAGUCUUAGAAUAUCAAACAGCUGUAAUGAGAGCAGAUUUUGAAACAGCAGACAAAGUUUUACCAACAAUUCCGAAAGAACAACGUACAAGAGUUGCACACUUUUUAGAGAAACAAGUAAGUACAUAA